CUCGUGGAAUAAAGAAGACUAUUCAUAAGCAUAUGAGACGCUCGCUGUUUAUUCAGUCUAAUUUAGAUAUAUUAUAGGUCGUUUACAGAAGUAUACACUCUCUGUGCUAAUUAUGCAUUGUGUUAAAACUCUGCGGGCGUCUAGAGCUGGAUUAAUUUUUAUUAGAAAUGCUGGAAUAUUGGAAAGAGGAAGUUUGGAAAGCUGCGGUAGAAGGCACCCACCUGCGCUGCUGUUAUUGCAUACGAGCGCAUCACCUGGCCAGCACCUGCGCCAUCAGCACGUGAUCACAGAUGCAGAUCCAGGGACGUACAGUAAGAAAGUAGUUGCUGGGUUAGAGGACCUAUUGUUCUACACCAUCACCCAGGGAGAAGAUCAGAUCUCAGUGGCACGUUUCCUGGCUGCACUAAGGAGCACAGGCUUGCUGACCUCUGACCCCCGUUUGAGAGACUGCAUGAGGCAGAUUCACCAGGCAGUCCAAGAGUCUGCUGGGACAGCAAUAAUGGACCAGGAACUGUUCAGAAAGUGUGUUGGCAGUAAUAUAGUCCUCCUGACUCAAGCCUUUCAAAGAAAGUUCAUUAUACCAGACUUUGAGGCCUUUUCCUCCCUCAUCAACCAUCUGUAUCAUAACGCAAAGGCUCAACAAGGAGGGAAGGUAGCAAACUACAUUCCUCAGUUGGCAAAGUUCAGCCCUGAUCUCUGGGGAGUUUCUUUGUGUACAGUGGAUGGUCAGAGGCACUCUAUAGGAGACACAAACAUGCCGUUCUGUCUUCAGUCAUGUGUGAAGCCUCUGGAGUAUGCGCUGGCGGUGCAUGAGUCUGGAACUGAACUUGUGCACAGAUAUGUGGGGAAAGAACCUAGUGGCCUCAAAUUCAACAAGCUCUAUUUAGAUGAAGAGGAUAAACCCCAUAAUCCCAUGGUGAAUGCAGGGGCCAUUGUAAUCAGCUCUCUCAUAAAGCCUGGUUCCAAUAAGGCAGAGAAGUUUGACUUUAUGAUGGAUUAUCUGAAGAGAAUGGUUGGCAGAGAAUAUGUUGGGUUCAAUAAUGCCACUUUUCAAUCAGAGAAAGAGACCGGUGAUAGGAACUAUGCAAUUGGCUAUUAUCUCAAAGAGAAAAAAUGUUUUCCCAGUGGAGUUGACAUGUCGGCAGCCCUUGAUUUCUACUUUCAGCUGUGCUCUAUUGAGGUGACGUGUAAAUCUGGCAGUGUGUUGGCUGCUACGUUAGCUAAUGGAGGGAUCUGUCCAAUCACAGGCGAGCAUGUGCUGAGUGCAGAGGCUGUACGGAACACGCUCAGUCUCAUGCACUCCUGUGGCAUGUAUGACUUCUCUGGCCAGUUUGCCUUUCAUGUGGGCUUGCCUGCCAAGUCUGGUGUAUCUGGUGCUGUGCUGCUCGUGGUUCCUAAUAUCAUGGGGGUGAUGUGCUGGUCUCCACCUCUUGACCGUGUGGGCAACAGUGUCCGAGGCAUCCAAUUCUGUCAAGAGCUGGUCUCCAUUUUUAACUUCCACAACUAUGACAAUCUAAGACAUUUUGCCAAGAAGUUAGACCCUCGUAGACAGACAGGCCAUGAGAGGAACAAGUCUGUGGUGGAUCUGAUGUUUGCAGCUUACAGUGGUGAUGUUUCAGCUCUCAAAAGAAUUGCUCUUUCUGCGAUCAAUAUGGAAUUGACUGACUAUGAUUCACGUACUGCCCUGCAUGUGUCUUCGGCAGAAGGGCACUUAGAUGCUGUCAAGUUUUUAACUGAAACCUGCAAAGUCAACCCAAAUGCAAAGGACAGAUGGGGGAACACACCACUCGAUGAUGCUAUGCAGUUUGGACAUGAUGGUGUGGUCAAGUUACUAAAGGAGUACCAGAGCAUUUACACACACACUCACACACUAAUGCUGGAGGAGCUCCGCACAGACUCCUGCUCCGAUUCCGCAAUGGACUCAGAGGAACCGAAGAGCAUGGAGACCACGGAGGGUCUAGUAUGAGUGUGCAUUGACA